AUGAGCAAUACAAGAACUACGGUAAAGAAAAUGGUUAAAAAUCAUGGUAAGGCUCUCAAGAAAUCUAAGCUUGGACCUUCAAAAGCAGCUAAAAAAACCCAAGCUAAAAAAAAGUCAAAUGCUCCUCAAGGUAAAGUUGUAGGAGCUACUGAAUUGAAUUGGAAAAAAGUUGAUAUUCCUGAUACUUUGGAUGAUUAUGGUGGAUUCUACGGAUUAGAAGAAAUUGACGGUGUCGAUGUUAAAGUCGUUGAUGGGAAAGUUCAGUUUAUUGCUCGUGAUGAAACUGCCGUGAAAUCAAAGGACGAUGAAGCCAAAUCUGAACCUGAGAAUGAAGAACCAGCGCAAGAACAGGACCAGACAAAUGAAGAAGCAGAGCAAGAGCAAGAGCAAGAGCAAGAGCAAGAGCAAGAGCAAGAGCAAGAGCACAAAUCUGAAGAAGAAGAACAGGAAUCUGAUGAUGAAGAGCAGGAUCAAGAUGAAAAUCAAGAACUGAAACCCAACGUUUUCAAUUCCGAAUUGAAUUUAGAAGAUUUUUCUUCUCCAGAACUCCCAGAAUGGCAAAAAAUUGCACCUUUAUCCUUCACAGUUCUUAAUGGCUUGUCCCAACAGGGCUUCACUAAGCCAACCGAUAUUCAAAAGGAAGUCUUACCUUUAGCUCUCAAAAAUGAGGAUAUUAUGGGUAAAGCCGCCACAGGUUCGGGUAAAACUUUGGCCUACGGUAUUCCAUUGCUAGAAAGUUUGGUUCAUGAACCCGAUCACAGUAAAUCUAUCGGUUUAAUAUUUACCCCCACGAGAGAGUUAGCUCAGCAGGUUACUCAACAUCUAAAGAAAUUGGGCCAAUUGAUUAUUCAAAAAUCAAAAUUUGCCAUAUUACCGCUAACAGGUGGUCUUUCCAUUCAAAAACAGGAACGUAUUUUAAAAUAUGAAAAUAGUGCAAGAAUCGUCGUGGCAACUCCGGGAAGAUUUUUAGAGCUAAUUGAAAAGAACAUCGACUUGAUUCCACGUUUUGCUCGUAUCAAUACAUUGGUAUUGGAUGAAGCUGAUAGGUUAUUGCAAGAUGGUCAUUUUGAUGAGUUUGAAAAAAUUUUGAAACUAUUGGGUGGUGCUCGUAAGAGCUUUGACAAAACUGGUUGGCAAACAAUGAUUUUCUCUGCUACUUUCUCAUUAAGUUUAUUCAGUAAAUUGGCCACUGCGUCUUGGAAAUCGUUGAAGAAGGAUGAAGACGAAAUGGAGCAAGUCUUGAAACAUUUGAUGCAAAAGAUCCGGUUCAAAUCAAAGCCAGUCAUCGUUGAUACUAAUUCGGAGGAAAAGAUUAAAUCUCAAAUUAGAGAGUCAUUGAUAGAAUGUGGACCUAUGGAGCGUGACUUGUAUUCCUACUACUUUUUAGCAAUGUAUCCUGGUACUACCCUAAUCUUCUGCAAUUCUAUUGAUUCUGUUAAGAAAUUAUGUGCAUACUUCAACAACUUAAAAAUCGAUGCAUUCCAAAUUCACUCUUCCAUGACUCAAAAGAAUCGUCUCCGUAGUUUGGAAAGAUAUCUACAGAAAUCUGCUCAAAACGAUAGUCAGAAUAAAGCUACAGUUUUAGUUGCCAGUGACGUGGCCGCUAGAGGUCUGGAUAUCCCAGGAAUUAAACAUGUUGUGCACUACCAUUUACCAAGAACCGCGGACACCUAUAUUCAUAGGUCUGGUAGAACAGCUCGUGCUGAUAACGAAGGUGUCUCCGUAAUGAUCUGUUCACCAGAAGAAGCUAUGGGACCACUAAGAAAGCUAAGAAAGAUGUUAGCUGAUAAGAGCGCUGAAGACGAAUAUACCAAGCAUAAAAAAUGGCAGAAGGAGGUUCCUCUAUUACCGAUUGAACUGGAUAUUGUCAAUGAAUUGAAAGAGCGUGGUUCAUUAGCCAGUGAAUUGGCCGAGCAUCAAUUGGCUUUAACAUCUAUCAAUAAGCAAGAUAAUUGGAUGCAGAAAGCCGCUGAAGAUCUAGGAAUUGAUAUUGAUUCUGAUGAAGAAUUCAUGGAUUCGAACAAGAGUAAGAAACAGAAAAAAACCAUGGGCAAAGUUGAAGCCAAGCAAGCGAGAGCAUAUUUGAAUCAACUUUUGAGUCGCCCCAUUAGAAAGGACAGACGACAAAAGUAUUUGACCGGUGGAUUUGUCAAUUUAGCUGAUAAUAUAGUCAAGAAAAGAGGCCACGAAUCGAUUAUUGGUCAUGACAAAGUAGAUGCUCUCGAAACUCUCAAGAGUAAGAAAAGGAGAAAGUAG